AUGUCUACCUUUGAUUUUAUUGUCGUCGGGAGUGGCCCGUCCGGCUGCGCACUUGCCGCCGGCCUCGCUCAUUCGACCACCAAGCCACGCGUCCUCCUCCUUGAAGCAGGCGAGAACAAGGAAGAUCGCAGCCUUCGAGUUGAUGGCCAGCGAUGGCUCACCUUCCAGGACCAGUCAAUGAACUGGGGAUUCAAGACUACCCCGCAGGUGGACUGCAACAACCGUGAGAUUGACUACAGUCGCGGGCGGUGCAUGGGCGGCUCAAGCUCCAUCAAUUUCGGCGUGUACAGUGUUGGCGCGCGCGACGAUUACCAGGAGUGGGCGAGAAUUGUUGGCGAUGAGACUUUUGCAUGGGAAGGAGUUCAGCAAAAGUUCAAAGAUCUCGAGACGUUCCAUGCGGAGAUCCCAGAGGGCAUAGAUAGAAAGUAUGUGGAUCCGAAGAUGGAGAACCAUGGAAGUGAGGGCCCGUUGCAUGUAGGCUUUGCGCGGGAAUGGGAGCGGGAUUUAACAGACCUCCUGGAUGUCUUCGAGCAGGCCGGGUUUCCGUUGAACCCCGAUCAUAAUUCUGGAAAUCCGAUUGAUUACGCUUCCAAGGAAGUCAUUCUAUCUGCCGGCUCGCUGAACGACCCCCGUAUCCUGAUGCACUCAGGCAUAGGCCCCGCUUCCCAACUCCAGCAAUACAAUAUCCCUGUCGUCCACGAUGUACCCGCCAUCGGCCAGGGGCUCCGCGACCAUUGCUUCGUGCCGAUGGUGAAUACUCGCACAGCAACCAGCACAGACAGGAAAUCCUUUUAUGGGGAUAAAGCCGCCAUGGAGGCUGCGCAAAAGCAAUGGGAAGAAGACGGGACAGGCCCUUGGGCGAAAUUUGCCUGCGAGUUGGGCAUCGGUUGGUUCAAGUUGACCGAGCAGCUUAUUUCCACGCCAGAAUUCAAGGCCCUUCCAACAGAUGAACAGAAGUAUCUUCUACAGGAAACCGUGCCACACUACGAGGUCCUCACGCAUUUCCCCGUUCACUGGGUCAUCCCGGAUUUCCCGACCGAGGCGUUGAACUACUCCUGUCUGCUCGUCUUCUUGUUCAAUGCCCAGACUCGUGGAGAAGUCACAUUGCAAUCUUCAGAUCCUGACUCUCCGCUCUCCUUCAACCCCAAGUUCCUGGCCCACCCGUUCGACCGCCGCCUCGCGAUCGAAGCCUUGCGCGACUCGUUCCGCGUCGCUAAGCACGAAUCCUACACCAAGGACAAUGUGGCGGAGCUGGCAAUGCCAAAGGGCGACUCAGAUGAGGAACUACUCGAGUACUGGCGGCAGAACAUCUCGUCGAGCUGGCACAUGACGGGAACAGUGAAGAUGGGCACGAAAGACGAUGUAGACGCAGUUGUGAAUCCGGAUUUCAGGGUGGCAGGUAUUGAGAAUCUGCGUGUGGCGGAUAUGUCGGUUGUGCCGGUGUUGGUGAAUGCGCAUGUGCAGGCCGUUGCGUAUGUCACUGGUGCAAUCUGUGCGGAGAAGUUGGUGAGGGAGUAUAGCCUUUAG